AUGGAAAGACAAGUCUGGUCGUCAGCAGGUUUGGCCAGGAUAGGGUUGGCCAGGGUAGGUUUGGUCGUCAUCAGGAUUGUCCAGGAUAGGUUUAGUCAUCAUCAGGUGUGGCCAGGGGAGAUCUGGCCUAAAAUCAGUCAUCAGGUGUGGCCAGGGGAGAUCUGGCCUACGUUUUGUCAUCAUCAGGUAUGGCCAGGGGAGAACUGGCCUACGUUCUGUCAUCAUCAGGUGUGGCCAGGGGAGAACUGGCCUAAAAUUAGUCAUCAGGUGUGGCCAGGGAAGAAUUGGCCUACGUUUUGUCAUCAUGUGUGGCCAGGGGAGAUCUGGCCUAAAAUUAGUCAUCAGGUAUGGCCAGGGGAGAACUGGCCUACGUUUUGUCAUCAUCAGGUGUGGCCAGGGGAAAAUUGGCCUACGUUCUGUCAUCAUCAGGUGUGGCCAGGGGAGAACUGGCCUAAAAUUAGUCAUCAGGUAUGGCCAGGGGAGAACUGGCCUACGUUUUGUCAUCAUCAGGUGUGGCCAGGGGAAAAUUGGCCUACGUUCUGUCAUCAUCAGGUGUGGCCAGGGGAGAACUGGCCUAAAAUUAGUCAUCAGGUAUGGCCAGGGGAGAUCUGGCCUACGUUUUGUCAUCAUCAAGUGUGGCCAGGGGAGAACUGGCCUACGUUCUGUCAUCAUCAGGUGUGGCCAGGGGAGAACUGGCCUAAAAUUAAUCAUCAGGUGUGGCCAGGGGAGAACUGGCCUACAUUUUGUCAUCAUCAGGUGUGGCCAGGGGAGAUCUGGCCUACGUUUUGUCAUCAUCAGGUAUGGCCAGGGGAUAACUGGCCUAAAAUUAAUCAUCAGGUGUGGCCAGGGGAGAACUGGCCUACGUUUUGUCAUCAUCAGGUGUGGCCAGGGGAGAUCUGGCCUACGUUUUCUCAUCAUCAGGUAUGGCCAGGGGAGAACUGGCCUAAAAUAAGUCAUCAGGUAUGGCCAGGGGAGAUCUGGUCUAAAAUUAGUCAUCAGGUAUGGCCAGGGGAGAACUGGCCUACGUUUUGUCAUCAUCAAGUGUGGCCAGGGGAGAACUGGCCUACGUUCUGUCAUCAUCAGGUAUGGCCAGGGGAGAACUGGCCUAAAAUUAAUCAUCAGGUAUGGCCAGGGGAGAACUGGCCUACGUUUUGUCAUCAUCAGGUGUGGCCAGGGGAGAACUGGCCUACGUUUUGUCAUCAUCAGGUGUGGCCAGGGGAGAACUGGCCUACGUUUUGUCAUCAUCAGGUGUGGCCAGGGGAGAACUGGCCUAAAAUUAGUCAUCAUCAGGUGAGGCCAGGGGUGAUUUGGCCAACGUUUUGUCAUCAUCAAGUGUGGCCAGGGGAGAACUGGCCUACGUUUUGUCAUCAUCAGGUGUGGCCAGGGGAGAACUGGCCUAAAAUUAGUCAUCAUCAGGUGUGGCCAGGGGUGAUUUGGCCAACGUUUUGUCAUCAUCAAGUGUGGCCAGGGGAGAACUGGCCUACGUUUUGUCAUCAUCAGGUGUGGCCAGGGGAGAACUGGCCUAAAAUUAGUCAUCAUCAGGUGUGGCCAGGGGUGAUUUGGCCAACGUUUUGUCAUCAUCAAGUGUGGCCAGGGGAGAACUGGCCUACGUUUUGUCAUCAUCAGGUGUGGCCAGGGGAGAUCUGGCCUAAAAUUAGUCAUCACCAGGUGUGGCCAGGGGUGAUCUGGCCAGGACGGGUGAGGUGA